AUACAAAUUAACACGUGCGAGCCAGUAUUAGGCUAUUUGUGAUACAGUAGAAGCUUUAGAAAGCCAAAAUAUACACCGCAGUUUGUUUAGGUGCUCGAUAUCCGCCGGAUCUCCAUGGAAACUCCCUACCCAAAACCCAUCUCACCGACCCAAACCCGCAUAGGGUGGAUCGGGAUAGGCGUAAUGGGUGCGGCUAUGGCUUCUCACCUCCUCUCAGCCGGCUAUUCCCUCACCGUCUACGCUCGCACCCCAUCAAAGGCCUCGUCUCUCACAUCCCAAGGAGCCCAUCUCGCCGGCUCCCCAGAACAACUCGCCCGUCAAUCCGACGUAGUUUUCACCAUGGUGGGCAACCCCCUAGACGUCAAACAAGUCGUCCUGGAAACCAACGGCAUCCUCUCAACCUUAAACCCGGGCGCCGCCAUCGUAGAUCACACCAGCAGCAGCCCAUCUAUGGCGCGCGAGAUCUACACUUCUGCUCGCGAAAAGGGUUGUUGGUCGAUCGACGCUCCGGUCUCCGGUGGUGAUAUUGGAGCUAGAGAAGGAAAACUGGCUAUUUUCGCCGGAGGAGAAAGGCCCGUGGUGGAGUGGCUAAAACCCUUGUUUGAUUUGAUGGGGAGGGUGACUUACAUGGGGGAAGCAGGGUGUGGGCAGAAUUGUAAGAUUGGGAACCAGAUAAUGGUGGGGGGGAAUCUAUUGGGGUUAAGUGAAGGGUUGGUUUUUGCCGAGAAAGCAGGGCUGGACUUGAGGAAGUUUAUGGGGGCGAUUAGGGGAGGAGCAGCUGGGUCAAUGGCGAUGGAGCUGUAUGGGGGGAGAAUGAUUGACAGGGAUUUCAAGCCGGGUGGGUUCGUGGAGUACAUGGUGAAGGAUUUGGGGUUGGGGGUGGAUGUUGUGAAGGAAGACGAGGAUGCGCGAGUGGUGGUUUUGCCCGGGGCUGCUUUGUGUAAACAGUUGUUUUCCUCAAUGGUGGCUAAUGGUGAUGGGAAGCUCGGUACACAGGGCCUUAUAACUGCUGUGGAGAGGAUCAAUGGCAACUGAGUUCUAAUGCAAAUUUUGAAUUUCAUUGUCUUCAGGAAAUGCAAUGGUUACUUGUAACUUAAUAUCCAUCGGUGUGUUCGUAUUUUUAAAUCGAAUUCAAGUGAUUUCGAUCUUCAGAGGGGCAUGUUUCCUUUAAGGUAUAUGUGUAGGGCUUAACGCCUGUAUUGCAUUGUGUUUGGUUACUUAGAAUAUGUACUUCGGGUGUCAAAUUUAUCGAUUUGGUGUUGUCGUGAGAUAA